ACCCAAAAAAAAAAAAAAAAGCUCCCGUUUACUGCCACCCUCGUUACAUCAUACUCUACGCGCUCCCCUCCUCUUCCCCUUUCACUUCUCUCAGCCCCCAAAACCAUCCUAAAAACUCCUCCCAGAACCCUCUCCCUCUCCGUCCUGUUCGUCGUUUCUCGUCGGUAGAACAAAAAAAAACCCAACGUUUGCGCAAGAAAGGAACGAAACCCUAAGAACCCUAGCUAUCCGAGGCAUGAUACCCCAGCAGACCCCGCCGGAAUCCGAACGCCAGGCCCCGGUCACUCCGCCCGCUGCGGCCGCGCAGACCAUCCAGCCCUCCUCGCCACGCUUCUUCUUCUCCUCCGCCUCCACGGCCAGCCCCUCCGCCGGGUCCCACCGGCGGAUCGCGAUCGCCGUCGACCUCUCCGAUGAGAGCGCCUACGCCGUGAAGUGGGCUGUCCAGAACUACCUUCGCCCUGGGGAUGCCGUCAUCCUCCUUCACGUCCGCCCCACCAGCGUCCUCUACGGCGCCGACUGGGGCUCCAUCGACCUCUCGGUGUCGGCCGUGGCGGCGGAGGCGGAGGAGGCCGACUCCGAGGAGUCGCAGCAGAAACUGGAGGACGACUUCGACGCCUUCACGACCACCAAGGCGCAGGACCUCGCCCAGCCGCUCGUGGAGGCGCAGAUCCCCUUCAAGAUCCACAUCGUCAAGGACCACGACAUGAAAGAGAGGCUCUGCCUCGAGGUGGAGAGGCUUGGGCUCAGCGCCGUCAUCAUGGGGAGCCGGGGGUUCGGGGCCUCCCGGAGGACAAGCAAGGGGAGGCUCGGGAGCGUCAGCGACUACUGUGUCCACCACUGCGUUUGCCCUGUGGUGGUCGUCCGGUACCCUGACGAGGGGGCCGGGGCCGGAGCUGGGGCAGGGAGCGUCGGCGAUGGUGGUAAUGCGGUGGUGGCGAAGGGGCUCGUGGAGAAGGAGGUGGAGUUGCACCCAGUGCCAGAGGAGGAGCAGGAGUACCACGAUGCCGCCGAUGAGCAGAAAGGAAAAAGAAUAGAGGUUGGCAGGACUUGCUCCAGCGUUGACUUAUAUAAAUAGUCAGCUCGCCAGACCUUAGUCAGCUCUUCAUUAUAUUUUGGUUUAAUGGACGGGGAAGGAGCUGAAAGGGAAACAGAUUUUGGUUUAGGGUGUGGCAGUGGACUAUAAUGCUUUCUGGUUACGGAUGAGACUGUCUUACUGUAUUAAAUAGUUUGAUCUGUGGCUAGAUUACUGUUUUUUCCCCUGCUGUCUGUGAUUUUAUGUGAGCUGACUAGCUGCUGCAUUACUUCGAGGUCAUAAUUUUCCUUCCUCCAUGGGAUUUCUGGAUAUCAAAUUACAAAGUCCCCCUUAUCAUCUGCAUCCUUUCAGUUCAGAGAUACUGCGGUUUCUUGUAACUAUUUUAUAAAUAACAAGUAUAUUCCAUCUCUGGUGGUUUGUCUGCUCUGUAAUUUGAAGUAUAAUCCACUGGACUUCAAAAACUUCUUUACAUUACUAGCAGACAGUCUGUUGCUUACUUGUUCAUGAAUUGCUAAUAUUUUCCAUGCGCAAGCAACUUAGGGGCUCCAUUGAUUUGCAAAGAAUUGUUCUAGAACUCAAUCUCAUUUUUCUUAGCAGUGGAUGGUAUACUCAAAUCAUUGAUUUUGGAUGCGUAAGUUUUAUAAGGGUAUUAUUUAUGUCUCCACUUCUCUUAUUUUAUGGUGAUGAUGCAUCACUUUGUAUAUAUUGUAAGUUUCAUGUUUUCAUCCUGCUCAUUGUCAAUAUUUAGUAAUGUGUCGCUUGAGCCCUUUGAGUUCUUUAUUUGUAUAGUAAUGUUUUUCCUUCCACUCUUAUCAUAAAUUUUCUAAACUUCCAUGAUGGUAGAUAAGGAUCUGGUUACCUACAAGAAUUUUGCCAUGUGUAUAUGUUUAACAAUCAAAACUACCAUUGCAGAUAAAUC